AUGACCAAGACUUCCAUUCCCACGCUGUUAAUACUAGCGUUCCUGUUACUUAUAGUAAAAGGUAUGUUUUGAUGCAUAUUUUCCUGUCUUCUUUUCAAAUCCAACUCAAGGACUGUUUGCAAACUUCUUUCCUCAGGUUCUCGGGAGAAGAUAACCCGGAAAAAGCAUGAAAGAAAAAUACCUGCGCUGCCAUUCGAGAAAAUUGCACGAUCAGCUCUUAUCGGAUUAAAACCAGAGGAUGUUUUUAAAGUGACUAAUGCAGGUUGGCAAGAAGUUUCUCUGUUGUAUAAUAAAAUCAUCGUCAUAGACCUUUAUAACGGUAUUUUGUUAUGUGCUAGGGUCAGAUACCGAGGGCACAAGAAAAAAUUAUGUAAAUUCUCUACAACAACUUCCAGCGAUUAAAGGUAAUUGUUUAUUUAUACGUUUUGUUAUAAAUUAAGUUUCAUAACAGCGUUCCUUCAGAUCACAUUGAACCAAGUGCACAUUAAAGCAAAUAUACCUUGUCUCCCAACAGUGACUAAGCAAUUUACUUUAUCAUAAGACCCAUUUGCCGGGAUAAGAAGAUAAUUGUCUUUUUAACUCUGGGGUGAUAUGAGUAUUUAAUAUCAUACCUGCCCACCAGUAGUAGGGUCAUACUUGUCCCUAUUUUGACCUUUCAUCUUUUCCUUUUUCCUUGGACUCAGAGGAACAAAGUUUGACAAACAGUGCCCUAUUGUAUUCUGGACAGCUGUCAUCACUUGACCAACGAUUGGUGAACCAAUUUGACAAAGGUAAUGUUUCAUUAGUAUUCAAUGUAAUUUAAUCUAAUAGAAUAAUCAAGGUUAUAACAUCACUCAGCUAUUAUUUUGAAAUAAAACAACUAAAAAUUUUCCUAGGACAUACAAAAUUAUCCAGGUUAUACUUCCUUACGUUAGCUUUAACUCUGUUUAGUGUGAGCUCUCAACGAUGCUACGGGGAAAGCCGUGACCGCUUAAUACAGGUCAACCGCCUUUUAAAGGUUCCACAGAUCGUGGAUACAAUAAAAAAAAAACACAAAACAAGUCGUUUUAUGCUAUAAUUUACCACAUAAUGCACAAAAGCACCCUUAAAAAUAAUUUUUACAUUGAUUUCGGGCGAUAAAAAUGAAUUCAACUUUACUAAGAAAAUAAUUCUCAGUUUUAUUUGAGUGAUUCUACUUUAUGUGACCGAAAAUGCAAGUAAAAGUAAAUACAAACAGGCCGUUAGGACACAGUAAACGGUGUCCACGACCGCUUCAUAGAGGUGACCGCUUAUUAGAGGUGUAAACCACGAUGAUUAUUGAGAUAAAUUCGGGACUUUGAUAACCAAUCGCUCGAUACAGGGUCACCGCUUAAUACAAUGCCGCCUAACGUUCGACUGUAGUUGGUUAAUUUGGUGUAAAUAAUGACUAGGGCUCUGGUAGUAUAUUAAUCCGAAGUUUCUUUUGUUCAUCUUAACACUAAUAAGGUUACACUUUUAAAAUAUUCAGGAAGGGUUACCCAUCAAAUUAACCUUGUUUUUUUCUUUCUCUAUUUCUGUAUUGGGUAUCUAGUAUUUUUUUGACAAAAUAGUUUUCCCUCUUAAAAGAACUUACAGGAAAUCAUGAAGAUUAUUUACAUGGCACAAUGUCAAAGACUGAAGACGGUUAUGUGAUGGAUCCUUCUCAUAACAAGUCACCAAACGGUAACUUAUUAGAAAUUUAGAGUGGUGUGUAAUUUUUAGACUUUUGAGGUCCAAGGAAUUCGGAAAGAAACGUAGGAAAACUAAGAGAAUACAAUUGCCCCGCUUAUGACAAAGCUAUAGAGCAAAGAAUAAACUCUUGGUGUUCACCAUUGACUUCCAAAUAUUGUUAGAAAGAAAUGGUUUCUUUUUUCCUGUGCAUGUGCUUAAAGAGCCUAUCCAGGAUAGGUCCCUCGCGUCUUCAAAAUAUUGAAAACCAUUUGGGUAACGCUAAUUUCUUCUUCUUCAGAUUUUAGUAAGAGUAGUAGGAACUUCGUUGAGAAGGUAACAAGAGAUGAAAUGGGGAGAACUGAAGAUAUGAGUAAGCACCCACUUCACUUCUGCACGUGCAUGCGACGACCGAAAAAAUGCACGUUUCAUGUAUAAGGUUCAGGUCUGUUGACCACCUGUUCUGGGGUCUAAAAUGGUAUCUGACUUUGCGACAAACGCAAUGGUUUCCUUCUUUCCUCUUACAGCUGCAGUUUCUGUUUGAGAAGUAUUGAGAAAUAGGUUGAAUUGUAUCCAGCCUCUUUUCCCUCUUUGUUGCAACAUUUGUAAGUGGAUAAGGCGUCAAAUUGGGUAAGAAGUUUUCAAACCGACAGGAACAAAACUGAACUGUCUGGAGGCCUUGCAUAAUCCGUACUCUCGUUUGCAGGUACUGUUCGUAAUGGAGGGCUGGAUAAUGAUUUCUAUCGCCAAAUAAGCCAGAUAGACAACGAUCAGCCACAAGCUUCUGAUGCUGGUAAAGUCAGUAACAUGUACAAAGAUAACCCUUUACCUGAGUACAGCUACAAGGAGUCAGAAUUCGAGAAAAUGCCUGAUUACAAUUCUAAGUUUGGAAACAAUCCGUUUGAAAUGCCAAAGAAUUAUUAUCAAGAACUUGAUACCCAAGAUAAAGAACUCUUUGAGGGCGUUAAUACAAAUCAAGAACACCCCAAAAACUCCCCAUCUGAUAACUCGGAUCUUUUUUCUGCGAUUGGUAAAAAGGUCAUUCUUGACUUGCUGAACCAUCGAAACGACUCAGAUCACCAGAGCGAAGACCAUCUUAAGCAAGACUUUCUCAAGAAAGUGAUGGGAGAAAAAAUUGAACAAAAUGAUGCGGCAAUUGGCUCUUUGCUUGCAACUAAACAAGCAACAACUCUGUCACCUUUUAGCAGUCAAGUGAAAACACUGAUGACGGCUAACCCUAAUGUGAUCAGUUAUCAUUUGCCUACAUUACCAUCGCAAGGAAACGUUUUAACGUCAGGGAAGAUAUCUUCGAAAAGCAUAAUGAUCAAUGAGCAACAACCACCAAGCACGACAAAUGAAGACAACCUACAUAUUCAAGGACAAGUUUCUCGAGGUGGUCCUCGUACGCCAUCUCGAAUGAUGAAAGAUCAGUCCGCAGAUAUCCCAAAUAGCAAAACACUAUUUAGAAACGCUUUGCAAUCUAAAGAAACAGACUCACCAAAUGAUAGUUAUGUGACACUUAAAAUAUCUGGUGCUGGAAAACCUGUUAGUUUUAAAGCUGGAACUAGUAAUGACGGAUCACUAGUUCUUAAAAUACCUGGCAAUGUCACAUUAACGGAAUCGGAUCCAAAAAAAACUAUUAAAAGUGGAACGUUCCCCAAAAUGAAAGAAUAUAACAACUAUAAGCCACAAAUAGCAACAGAUGCUGACGAAAUGAACCGUUAUCUCUGGGAAAGCCAAACAGAUCCAGGAAGAGAAUUCUCUAAGAAAGGAAAUAUGAUUAAAGGUUUUGAUGACGAUUUGACAACAAAUAUGCUUAGCUGGCAGAUUCUGGGGAAAACGAAUUCCAAAUUAAAUAACGGCAAUGAUUGGGAACAUAAUGAGGGUCUUUUUCACGAGGCAGAUCUACCCUCUGUGAGCCCAACCAGAGGUCGCAACGUUGGCGAGAAUCAAAGAAGUCCGACUGCAGUGCACGGUUUUAAACAAAUAUCUCCAACCAAAUACAAUGAACUAGACAGAAUAUCAUUUGCCGGGGUAGGACAAUCUCCCCCACCAGAUAUAUUUCCUCUAAGCUCAAGACUGCGGGAAGGUGAAGAAAAGCACAAGUUUUUGUCCUUGAAAAGCUUUUUGAGGCCAUCUAGGUUUUUCGAGGACCAUCCUGAAAACAGGGCAAGACUCAGCUUUAGACCGGACCACGACUUAACGAGAUCAUCCACCAAUAGGAAGUUGGAAAAUGGUUAGAAUAAAAAAUAUUAACUACCAUCAUGUAAAUGUGCCGGCAAAAAAUAUCCAAGCUAUUUUCAUCAGAAAGUUGUAAGGUUUUGAAACGACUUAAGCUUCCAACUAUGCCGGUAAUCGGAAAUUUUUUUAAUUAAUCAGCAUGUUUGGAAAAUUACUACUUCAUCGGGGGCCACUUCUGUAAUUUCUGCCGAAGCAAAAUUAAAAGGUCAAUCAAACCUAAAAAAAUAUACAAGGCGUCUUUGACAACUUAAGGGAAAAGGCGAAGACUGCUUUUGGUUUAAAUUACACGGAAAAAAUUCCUUUACUUUUAAUAAAGUCCAGGAAAGUAGCCCUAGAAAACUGAUAUGGUCAAACUUUUGAACCAUAGUGAAAUACUUUAACUAGUACAGGUUUUGGUCACAGGCCACGAUAGAUAGGCUGUUUUCAAUCGAAGGAUGCUUAAUUCUAUACUUUCUGCACAGGUGUGAAGGAUUCUUGGUCGCCAUGUUCAGUGACCUGUGGUCAAGGUAUUCAAGCUAGAGCUCAGUUCUGCCAGGGAAGACAGUGUAAGGGAUACAGAACAGAAAGCAGGGCCUGUUUCGUGCACCCAUGUCCCGGUAAGACUCACUUCCAGGGAAAAAGAGCAGGAAACCGGUAAUGUCAAACUGCUCAUAAGCAUUUGGAUUAUACAUCCUUUGCUAACAUAAUUAUAAAUAUAAAUUAGAUUAUAAUGAUAAUGAGGUAUACAAAAUAAGACCGGAUAAAUUUAAAACUGAUUCAUUUUUCAUCUCUGAAAAAACACCGUAAUUUAUCUCUCACUUCUUUGCUGUCAAUCUUAGGCUUUAUUUUCCUCGGUCGAUUUAGACUGAUAUUACGCCAUUUCGGAAGAAAGAUGCGGCAUGCGUGAUAUUUAAUCUUAAAUGCCAUUUCUUGAAUUUUGUUAGAGCAACUAGGGAGAGCUGGUCUUCGUUUACAUAACAAGUUUAGAACAUGGCACGGAAGUCCUCCUCUGAAGUGGUCCAAGCGUUUGGCCUCUAAGGCUCAGGAAAUCGCUAAACAUUUAGCAGAUAAUUCAAUCCAUUUAACGGACUUGAAAAAGGAGCAUAUCGGUAUUAACGUGGCCCGCCUGUGGCACAGUUACGACAUCGCUGCCGAGAAAGCUACCGCUGACUGGUAUAGCGAAGUCAAGAGCUACAACUUCGACGAUCCAAUGAUCGACAAGUCUACCAGGCACUUUACUCAACUUAUAUGGAGAGAUUCGAAGUGGCUCGGAAUUGGGGAAGCAAAAAGCUUGGAUGGAAAGCACACUGUUGUGGUUGCACUUUAUGAUCCACCUGGAAACUUAAGACAUAAGGAGAAAAGCAAUAUCCAUAUACCUGAAUCACAGAGUUAGGAAAGCAGGGAAGCGCUGCUAAUCAUAUUUGUCUGAGCUAGUCAUAUUUAAAUAGAUGUCCGCCAGUGGCUUUUUGCAGCUUACACGUUUGGAUUAGGUGCUGCACAUUGAAAAUGCCGUUUACAUGGACCCUAAAGGCUCUUUAUAAGAGGAAAUAUAUCACAGUUUCCAUAAAGGAACUGAAAACGAGAUCAUAUUCAGUUUGAUAGAAGCGCGUGUGUUACUUUUUACAUACCACUUGGAACUGACAGUUGAAUUGAAAGUUGAAGAUCCGUCGCAAAAAAAUUGUUUCCUUAUGUCUACAACACAAAACCAGUGUCUGAAUACCUUAAACCUUACAAAAUAUCAGCGAAAAAUCUUUUAAGCGCUUUUAUGGCCACGUGCUCGUCCAAGUUUUCUUUAAACUCUGUCUAAGAAGAAACUUGCGACAAGAACACAAGAUUGUUCUUUCUCUUAAAGUUGUUCUCCUCGCAGUUUACCAGGUACUCUAUAAAACCGUCGUCAAAGGCAAACCAUUAGUCAAAGUAUUUUUCUUUUGGGUGGUCGUCGAAUUUCUCGAUUUCGUCAAAUCGGGAGGGUUGUUUUAAUUGGUCCCAAAUGUUAUCACUAUUGCAUUUUAUAAGCAUCAAAGCCAAGCGGCCUUGCGCUGACUCUACGUGUCAGUCACAUCUUAAAAAAUCUUAGCGUUACCCCUUUUCAAGAGGACGAAGCCUAUCUCUGACCCCACUUACACGCCUCAGUGAGUAGCAGACGUGAAACAGGAAAAGAAGACGAGUCGAGAAGUGAUGCGAUGAAGAGGAAGUUAGUGGAGUGGGAUUUUAUUUCUUCACUUUCUUGUCCGUUUAAUUUAACGUCUGCUACACAGCUUAAGGCUCGCUGAACAGUAUCUCGAAACAUAAGAAAAAAAAAGUGUCUAGGAUACAUUGGUUGGCAAGAAUAAGGAAAAUUAAGUAUCUUGAAGAAAUCAAGUAGUAAUUAACUUUAAUCAACCAUUUGAAAAUAAAAUGUUACUUGCUGAAAGAUUGACGUCUAUGGUCAUACCCUUGCAAGUCUAGACAUAUCAGUCCGGGCGAGUAACAUCUCCAGUAUCCUACCGGCCUUUUCAGGUAUUGACACUUUUACAAUACUCUUACCUGCCUAAUUUUUUUCAGGUAUUAGGCGUGCGAAAUCACCUUAGAAUUAUUAUUUCACAUCAACCAAACACGGGAUUUGAAAUUGCCGCACGUCUGAAAUGGCUGCAUUAAAACUCUCUUGAUUUACUCAUAUCCUACAGGGAUGUUAACGACAGCCAAUGUAAUUACGUGCUCGUGUAAUUGCAAUUCCAUCAUAAGCAGUCCUCACCUCUUUAAAAAUCAUUUUCAAGCUUUAACAUGUGGUUAAGGAAGUUACCGUUAUAUUUUGCAAAAUUUAGGCAGUUCAUCGUAACCUACAAAAGAUCCCAGAGAUCCGUGGGACUUCUAGCAGUGUGACAGCCAUAUCCAUCGUUGUCAUAUAAUUGGCCACAAAAAUGUAAUGCAAUGCGAUGAUGUCUCUGCGAAAAACUAAAAUAAUUUUUCAUACUGAAAUCUGCAUGCAAGCUGAAAAAGAGGCGUUCAUGGAAUAAUAUACCCGAAUCAUGUGUGCUUGACCUACUUUUCUGUUAUAAGGGCGAAAAUCCCAUGAAGCAUCCUUCAUUUCAGCUAUUCACAUCUUUUAAAGGAAACCAUGCGUUAAAGUGAAUCAAUUGGAAACCCGUAAAGGAAUUGCCACCGUCAGGUGAUUAAGCAAAUUUAGAUGAAAUUCGUCAGGAUGAGGUUCCCACGAAUCGGUAAAAUAUAUAUACAUACCAUACAGUGUAAGUUCAAAUACACAUCCUCAUAAAAUGAAAGUGUAAUUACAAAUCUCCCUUUUCCACAAAUUCUAUCAACUAUUCAUCACUGGAACACUUUCAGGUAUUCAAACUCUAUCAUCUGCGAUUUAAACGUCGUUAAUAUCGAAACGCCUCAACACUUGAAAAUGGGUUAGAGAAUUAAUUGCAAGACUGACAAAGGUAAGGAUGUAAAUAAUUUGGGAAGUAUUAAUUUUAUGUGUUCAUGAUGGGCAGCUGUAUUUGUUUUUAUGUCAUAUUAGAUUUGGUAGUAGGGUUUGUUUACGUGUUUAGUUUAAUUUUAAGUUCGAGGGGUCUCAAACCUUGAAGCCGUCGAUAUUUAACUGAAGGGUGUACACUUAAAAGCUUUAUUUAACUGUACUGUUAAACCGUGUUCACUGUGCGAAAUGUUUUACAUGAAGCAACUGAACAGAGAGACCUUUAUGUCGCCUAAUUCCCUACUUUUUUGGUUAUCGUUCAUAUCAACCUUCAUUUUAACUAGCUGUAAAUCGACAAGAAAAAUUAUUGAAAUAAGUGUACAAGUUGCAGUUCCUCUGUAUUACCCUAAAAGUCCUUCAUCAGUAUGCAUAUUUUCCAGACUGUUUUCUAUAGUUUUUCAAUGUUCCUAACAAGAAAAAUUUAGGACAUGAACUAUGUUCGUUUGUCUCACGAUUUCACGACUUCAUGACUCAAGGUGAAUUUGUUUAACACUCAAGAGCUGCUUUCGUAAGCGAUUAUUUCUUUUAUGCUCAUGACCUUAAUGUUUGAUUAUAGAUGCCUGCCACUUCUAGCCGUUAAAGGGUCUAGUUUGCAGUGCAAUCGUAAACACAAUUUUUUUGUGAGACCUACAUAACUCUCAGUUCCCAGUUUCAUGAUGCAUGUUAAAUUCUCUCAACAGCAUGGCUUACAAAACAAUGUUAAUGAUUUUAGUAUUUGCUGCUAUCGGGCAGGACUACAUACUGGGUAAGUAACAUUUCGAAGUCGCCUUUUUGAUAUACCUUUAUCGCGAAAAUUGGAAACAUCAACUACUGUUCUUUUCACACGACAAAAUUACCUCGGCAGGUAUAAAAUUCGGUAGAAACAAGGUGGAAGUAAUUCACAGGGGAAAACAAUUACAAGGUAGGGACAAACCACCAAUCAAACACAUUUGAUUUCAAGUGAAUGAAGGGGGUAAGUUUCUAAAGAAACUGUGGUGCUGUGUCGGUUUGACGAAGGCUUAAAGUUCAAAACGUCAGAUUUCAAACUCUUUACGGUGGCCAAUUUACGGUAUCAACUUAGUUGAUAAUGCAAAAUUACCUUGUUACAUUUGAUUUUAACGUGGCAUUUUGAAAAGAUAAAAAUAUUUCUAACGCCGUUUACUUUUAAGCGGUUAUAAAUCUUGUGUAUGUUGCAUGUAGAUCUGGUGAUGCUCGACAGUCGCGUAGCUCCGCAUGACCUUGACAACUUACACGCAUUUGUGCGACCAAAACUGCUUGAGGACAGUAAAGAUGAGGGAAGUAAGUAAUGGUGUUCAUAGGCUUAGACCUACAAGUAUGUUAGAGUGGACGAACAUGUGGGGCACAUUACACACAGAGAGAAAUCAAGUACAGUAAAGCAAAACCCUGGUCACUGGUGCUCAUGUCAAUGAGAUCAAGUUAAACUGUGAGCACUUAGUCCUUUUUCCAGUAGUAUGCCCAUACCAAAGAUCUCCUCUGAUCUCUGUCCUCUUCGUUAGUGAUGCUUCAGGAAAACGGAAUUGAAGACUUCCGUCCGUUAGACGUUACUAUUGAAACAGAUGAAGGGCCACACAAAGAAAAAAAGCACCACAAAGAGAAGGACCAGAUGUUAGUUUCCCAUACUGGAGAUAACGAUGAAGGAUACAACUUACAAGAUAUGCCCGAAUAUAAGAUGGAAACCAAAGCAGACUUCGAAGAGAACCAAGAAGCAAUUGAUUGGCUAAUGAAAGAUCCUAACGAGUACAACGCAAAAUCUUUUGAAGAUAGCGAUGCGUUAGAAGAUACAAACAAUUUCGGUUUAGAUAUGGACUUCCCCAAUAUGGAAGAUCAACAUCGGACAAAUUUUCGUCAGAGAAAAAAGGGGAAAGAAAGACACAAUGACAUGUCUGGGAAGGGUAAAAUUAAGCUUCCUGGUAACCCGCAGUUUCUUCAGGAUAGUGACCAAAUUGGAGAUGAUACAGACUUGUUAUCGAGUGAAAUGGACGCUGAAACUGGCAUACAUCGUGCUAAGUUAACAAAAUCGACAGAUAGUGACAAAAACUUCCAAAAUUCCGAAUAUUCUGAAAAUGAUAACUUGGAUCACAGUUACAAAACUUGGAAUGGUAAUAAUAACGAUGUGAAUGACGGUACCACUGAUAGAUGGUUUGACGAAUACGACAGCGAUAAAGACGCAUCUUCCAGGAAGAGUCUCCAAGAACGAAUAAAAAAUCAAGACGCAAAACUAUUCCAAGAAAUAGACAACUAUAAUAAAGGAGAUAACUAUGAAACUUCUGAUUAUAUGGAUAAUUUUGAUAACUAUGGCGAUGAAUUAAAAAAUACUAUUGACCCUGAAAACAAAGAAAUGGCAGAUGAUAAUUCUGACGAUGAGGAAGAUACUGCCCGGGCAAACGACGGAAACUCUGAUCGUUACCAGGACGAUGAUGCUCUUGAAAACAAGUAUGCAUGGAACAGUGAGGAAAGCUCACAUGUAGGUGAUAAAACCGACACCGAAAAGCUAGAGGACACAGAUAAUGGGGAGAACUCUGACGCUAGUGGCAUUUUAUCUGGCGAUACAGACGAUAGCCUACAUGGUAAAAUGGAGGAUGAAAGUAGGGAAAACGCUAAAGCUACAAACAAAAAUCAACAAGUUAAAAAUAGAAACAGUCACAACGUAAAUGGCGAUAGUAAAGUACAAGAAGCAGAGGGAGAGGUGACAAAUAACCAAAGCAAUAAUACUGUGAUACCAACAACUCAGAGUAUAGGUAAUGGAGAGGACAAUCAUUUGGGCAGAAGUAAAGAUGUGAAGAUUAUAAACAAAGGCCAACACACACAAGCUGUUAAUUAUAAAGAAAACGAAAUGCCUGCCAACAACAAAUUUUUACACCAAACAACAACUAAUUCCAGCAGCGGCAAAGAUCACCAUUCGAAAACCGUGAAUCCUGAAGAAGAUAAAAUUGGCACCACUGCUAAGAGUCUUUGGAUACCUGCCAAAAGUGAAAUCAAAGGUUUUCAACAUUCAAAUUCAAGUGAGCAAGUGGUGUCACUUUCAGACCCUGAAGUCAUCGGUGAAAUUAAAAAAGGUUCAAAAACUGAGCAGUCUCAUGAAGAAUCUCAGAGCCAAACAAAAAAACUUAAAUCAAAACAAAGUGAUGAACAAUGGCUAAUCCUUCAAAAAGUGAACGAUCUCUUAAGAGAAGCAGAGGAAAGUCCUCACGCACAAAUCAGUGCUGCUCUGACGAAACCAAAACUUGAUCAUAGAAAAGAAUUUCCACAUCAUAACAGCCGAACGCGAUCCCAAAGAAAAAGUAACAAGCCAACGUCAACUGGAUUCCGAAGAAACUGGGAAAAUUAUCGUCCAUCGCCGCCUAGGGGCUACUCAACACCAGACCUAAAAAAAAUGGAACAAGUAAUCUCCUUUUUGCGGGGAACAACAUCCUCUUUAUCGCUUCCUACAAGAUCCUCAAGGCCAUCUGAUGUUUCACUGAAAAGUCUUUACUAUUACCCACUUCAUCCAACGCCUCAAGAUCAGAAUGAUGGAACCUCUGCUGAUACCAAAGGUAAGUUCCAAAAGUUAACAUCAAAUAAACUGAAAUACAGAUCGUGCAUGUAACAAGUAAUGAGGUAAAACUGCGUCUUUUGAAACUCAAAAUUCUAAAACAAAAAAUGUAGUGAAACUGCAUUUUUUUAACCCAAAAUUCUGUGAAAUGGGGUGUUUAGCAGUAUUACUGAAUAAUACGUACAUGUUUGAAUUGUGAUUCCACUACAGCAACCCUCUUUCCCAGCGUCUAUACAUUUUAUUAAGGAGUGCAGUGGGCAAUCAAUGAAUAUUCGUUUUCUUUAGAUGCGACGUUCGGUGAAUGGAAUGACUGGUCCUCGUGUUCAGUAACUUGUGGUAAAGGAGUAACCGUUAGAGCCCGAGUGUGCCUCGUGAAUGCAUGUCCUCAAAAAGAUUUGUUUCAAUCGAAAAGUUGUCAUGAGGAUAUCUGUGCAGGUACGUGGUGAUAACAAUUACUGUACGGCUACUUCUAGUGAAUUUAGCAUCAUAAUUGUCAUUAAUAAUUUUAUUAUCAUUAAUCUUAUGAUUCCUAGAUGAGGUGGAAAGGGAAGCCUUGAAGGAACACAAUAGACUCAGAGCCAAACAUUUCUCUCCUCCAUUAUCCUGGUCAGCUUCCCUGGCAAGGAAGGCUCGAAAAAUUGCUCAGUCUCUCGCAGGCAAGGAUUUCCUUACUCUGGAUGAUCUUCAGGAGCGACAAGGGGAGAGUAUUGCUCAAAUAGUCUACACCGGGGAAAGUACCAUAACAAAGGCGAUAGAUAAAUGGUACAAGGAAAUGGGGUCGUACAGUUUUUCGUAUCCAAAGAUAAAUAGCAAAACACGACAUUUUGCGCAAAUAACAUGGAAAGGAACGAAGAAGAUGGGACUCGCUAUUACUAGAAGCGGCAGUGGAGAAUACGCUUUUGUAGUUGCUCUUUAUAAUCCACCUGUUUCCAGUGAGAGACACUUACAGCAAAAUAUUCUUCCUCCUGGUCUCAGGCACGAUUUGUACUCAACGUUUCGAUGAAGUUAAAGUUCAGCUAUAAUUAUGUUUGGGUUAUUCAGAUAUGCCGUGUGGAACGCUCCCACUUUCGACCUGCGUUGGUUAAGAAAACGUUUGAAAAUAGAAUAGGAAAAUGUUGCCAACUCGACUAGAUUGCGCUGCAAGCUCCUUGUUUCCAGAAACCUUGAGAUUAUUUUGCGUGUGAAGAAUCAAUAGGAUUCGUUAAUGAUUUAUCCACACUCUUAAACCCUUGUGAGAUGUCUUUGAUGUCUUUGUUACAUAGAUUCUGUUAGAAGUGACUGACGUGCUUUGAAAAUAAAGAAGUUCAUGCAUUUUAAACAUACGUUUGACUGCAUAUCUUGCUUAAUCUUUGUGGACUGUCGAACUUUCAAAACGCUGAAUUCAAAUUUUUGGAGAAGGCAAGAAUUUCUUGAAAUGCCUUCAAGUCAAAUGAAUAUAAGGCGCGUAGUGUUUGAAGAACCUGGAAAACCAAAAAUCUAUAGAGAUGACACUUCCUGAAAAACUAUAGAAAAAGACAUGCAUUGUCACCUGCCAUACAAUGUGGAAGGCGGGGUGAUAUGUCCAAAACUAAAACCCGGCUGGUGCUCAAAUAAUGUAAUGCAACUUCUUUGACAAUCUUUGAAACUAUUUCAUUUGGAAAGUUGUUUGGACUCACAAAAUUUGUAGACAGACGUCGACAGUUUUGAAGGGAAACCAUUAGAAUUAUUUUGCAAAAGAAGAAUAUCAUCUUGCUUAGAGAUCCAAGCAGGUAUUUUAUUAAGUAAGCAGUUGGGAAAACGAGUAACAUCUACUCCAUCUAAGAAAAUAACUUCAAUAAUCGUUCAUCUGUGAAUUACAACCUGUCGUUGGUCGUCUUGCUAAUAACACCAAACCAAAAAGGUCAUUUAAUCGCUUCCCUACUGGCUUACAACUUGUUCUAAUGCCAUUUAACAUACAUUGAUUUAGUGGCACCGAGAAGGUAAGAUGAUGUAAUUUUAAUCGGUCCACAAUGAACAAUAAACCAAGGACAGAAAGGAACUACGAUGAGUGUGAACAUUAGGGUAAUUAUGUGAAUUUUUCAGAUACACUUAUACGAAAUGAAACGUGAAUCAUCCUACCAAAUAAUUCAGAAUUAAAAACUGAUUCAUAAAGGUUCCACAAUUACCUACAAAAAGUAAAUGUAUACAGUACCAGAAGGAUAACUAAGCAUUCAGCCCUUGGCUAAACAAGGUGAUUAUAACAUGUAAGUAAGAACAUAGGUAACCAAGAAAAUAACUGUGGUACGAUUGUCGUCGACUUCCUACAACAACUAUGUUUCAACUUUUCAGGUAUCUCGGCAGGGAGGGUGAAGAGAUGGAAGCGAGGCCGCUUUAUUUAAAAGGGCUUAAUCUCUUGUUGCUCAUACCAUUCCUGGUGCAAGCAAAAGGUGAGAGAUUUAACCGAAUUUUUUGAAAGUAAAUUAUGCGAUGGUGUACACAAACUUUGAACGUGUAACAAAUUCCUAUAUUGAAGAGAUAAAAAUAUUGACAGACAAGUUAAACACACUCUAGACUCGACAGUUCCCGUCUUGGGAGCUUGCGCUUCAAUGCAGUUGUGAUUCCUUGAGCCUAUAGUUAUCACUUCUCGUUAUCCACAUCUUCGGGUCCAAAUCAUAUCGAUAGAAAACUGAUACGGGUUUUUCGAUUUGAGCAAUUUAAAAUAUCCAUUUUAAAAUUAAACAAAAGAGCAUGUAAGUCAAGGAAGUUGCAUGCACUGCAUGACUGUACAAACACUGUCGUGGGCGGAUUUUUAAGAUAAUGGCUAGCUUAAUUAAAGAAGAAUACCAGUUGCAAACAAGAAAGUUUGGAUCGGGAUCGGCCGUUUGUGUAGCAUUGGUCAAGCGAGUAAUCUCCUCCUGUGCCUUUACGUAGGGGUUGGCUCAAACACAACAAAGAUAAACCAAACUAUGAUAGCAAACGCAACAAAAAAGAGUUCUCACAUUCUGAUACAUAAAGGAGUUGUUUCAGACCAAAUGCCUCAAUCUUCAAGUCAGUUGGUUGAACGGAGUGACAGGAGGCUCGAAGUUCAGCGACCGCUUGCAGAAGGUAUAGGUUACACCAUUAACCAAUUUCAUAACCUAUCUAACAUAUCGUUGUACCCUAUCAGAUUUUUUUACAAUUUGUGUCAGAUGUAUUCUUCUCGCGUAGCCCGUGACUUCAUAUAUGGUACCGGGGCUUAAAAUUGCUUCUUGCUCUUGCGGCGAUACUAAGACAGUUGAAAUGGGAAGUUCUCGUGAACGCCAAAGUUCUCGUAAGAGCGGUCUGCUUGAUCUCGAGUCACAAAUUUCGCUGAUAUCUGAUGUGUUGCAGGACAUAUACUAUGACCGCAAUCCGCUUGAACAGGUCUUUAUUUUCACGACUUUAAUGAAAGUCAAGGUUUAGUCGAGCGAACGCUUGUUUCGACGCUAUUCAAAGACUUAAAUUUGACCUUAACAACUUUGAAAGACUAUUCAGAAAGAACUCAGUAGUCCAGAACAAAAACAAAUACCACUGCCGUGUAUGUCAUGCCUAACUACUCCAUCGAAAAGCUUUUUUGAACACCAUGUUUCAAACAAGCCAAUAAGAAGACUUGAAUGAAUCCCGGCCAGACCGCUCAUAAGGAGGCCCACUCUUAAAACAAACCUAGGCGUAGCCCUCAGCGCAGUAUCUCUCAACAAUAUUAAGAAACUCUUGAUCCCACGAUAAUUGGGCAACAACUGAAAAUUUUUAAUUAAGAUGGAGUUAAGAAGUACGAAAGAGAUUUUUGUCAAACGUUGGUUGAUCCAGGAUGCAUCGAGAUAAAUUAUGGUAAGGAAUAACUUAGCCGAGAAAAUUCACUGAAACUGCGACUAAUACAGUAUAAACGAGAUACCUCAUCCUUACAGAUGGCACGGAUGAAACACGAGAAUACGAGGAAGAAGUAAGCGACUCGUCUCCUGCCACAGAUAUGUUGAGCGAAGUUGCAGGCAGGGAGAGAAACAAAGAAGAGGUGCUGGAUGUUGUGCGCCCGUACAAAUCUCAAGACGACGAUAAGUUUGACAUUCAAGAUAGAAGACGACAAGGUAAAUGAAAUUUCCACGUCUGGAAAGUUUUAAAAAACUCUACUGGUUUUGAAAAAAGGUGAAAAGCCCUGGAAAUAUGGAACUCGGUAUUGAAUCAAACUGGUCGCUAGAAAUUACGAGAGAAAUUAAGGGGUCCCAGGUUCCAGCUUAACGCAGGUUUUACCAGAUGUAAUUUUCACAUUUUACUAGCAUCAGUAAAUUUUAUCCCUCGCAACUUUACUUUCCUUCACCGCAACCCAGCUGCGAAUUCCUUUGGGUUUUAAAAUUUUCAUAGCCAGCCGGUGUAAGGGAUAUGGCAUGUCUGUUUUUGUUUUUGUUGUUGUUGUUGUUGUUUUUUUUUUUCAUAAAAGUUGGAUGAGAGGUUCUAAAUAUGUCUCUAUGUUCAAGGUGCCCAAAUGUUAGGUAAGGAAUUAAACAAGAUGAAGAAUAAAGGCUUAAUGGCCGAGUCUGAAGAUGAGUCAAUUGCAGAAGGUGAGUUCAACAUGAAAUAACUGUUUCUGUGAAAACUGCUCAAUCUCAAUGCCUUUAUUAAAUGCGCAGAUGAUCUGCCUGACGAGCGCAAACUUUUCAUCAAAUGCAUAGAUUUUGGCCUUACGUUUGACACCUGUGUUGAAUAAGUAAUUAGUUGUACCUUAAAAACUUAUUUUCCCUGCAUGUGCAUGAUACCAAUCUAAAGCCGCAUCACGUAAAACCCUUGAGAUCUAUAUUGCCGAGGAAGAAGUUGAUCAGCAGAAAAGACAUAAUGACAACAGGAACAUUCUGCAUCCUCGAAAUAAAAGCAUGGUCACCGUUAAACACGGAGAUAAGGCAAAGAGUAGUAAUGGAAUUGGAAUUAUCCGCAAAAUGGCCGCCACCGCCACAACAGCAACCGGUGUAAUAUCAGCCGCUAACAGAAACGCGAAUGAAAGUAGUAAGUACUUACUGUCAAAACGUGAAUAAGAGGGACAGGAAGUUAUCAGAGCUCGUAACUGUAAAAAGGUAAAUGGUGUGGCAAAGAGUGUGAUCUCUUCCAUUUCGCGGACUGUGUCCAGACAUGAAGAGACUAUUUCCCAUCCCAAGUAUUAAAAACGCUAUUUUGAAAUAGUUUUGGGACUGAGACGAGUGAAAUUCAGGGUGAAGUCGGGCGCGUAAAUUCAAUCUAUGAGCACGAUUACUCCUAAACGACGAGAGGUCCGAUAACCAAUUACUUGUGUCAAUAACAAAAUGCGAGGAACUCAGAAAUGAAAAGUUGAAUGUAAAAGCACAAACGUUUCUUACUGAUAUAUAUUUAGCUUAAGUUUAACUUCUUCAAGUCUAAAUAUUGUUUGUUGAACCUACCAGAAACAGUCGCUUAAACCCCAAAUACAGGCUGUUAAGACACACUCAUAUUCAACCAUUUUGUUAUUGACACAGUUAAGUAGGAAAUUACUUCCGUUGACGAAUGUUUGUGCUUCUCCCACAUUUCCAAAGUAAAAACGUCUUCCAUUUAAUCAGAUGCAGUAUUUCAAGAGGCUCUUGCAGCACAUAACAAACUCAGAGCAAUGCAUCACGUGAAUCCUCUUCAGUGGAACGUAACCCUCGCAGAACAAGCCCAGCAAACAGCAGAAUCUGUGGCCAGCGACCCCUCCACCUUCCAAGGGGAGCCUCUCGGUGAGAACAUCGCUCAAAUAUGGCACGACUUACCAAGAGCACCUCUGAAGGCGACAACUAUAUGGUACAGUGAGAAAAAGUCUUUCAGUUUCUCGUAUCCAGAGCUGAACGAUAAAGUAAAGCACUUCACGCAGAUGAUUUGGAGAGAUACGUCUCAGUUGGGAAUGGGUGCAGCACCAAGCCCCAGCGGCAAGUAUGUCACAGUUGUUGCAUUGUACAGACCCUUGGGAAAUGACAUUCAUCGCAUCAGGGACAACGUCCAAAGGCCGGGGCCCGUACAGGAUGUGUAUGCGACAAUAAAAGAAAAAAUUUCCAAACCAAAUAAGUCAGUCUAG